UAGCCUUCGACCAAAAAUUAUUAGUAGUACAACUCAACAAUAAGGCAGAUAGGUGUAUUUUCAAGUAGUACAACUACAUAUUCGUUACCACGAAGAUUAAGAAUUUUCCUUUUUCCUUUUCUUGCAUCGAAGCGUGAACAUGUCAGUGACAUAAGCAUACGUGUUCUGUGUAGUAGAUGGUAUUCGACAUUUGACAGCUUGGUAUCUCUGAGCUGGUGGACAUUAUUUAGACGUUUUAUCAUAAAUAGAAGUAUAAAUGGAUAUCACAUUGAAUGACAAACUGAGUGUUUUCCAGCAAAUAAGUCAACGGAAGCUUGUGGAGAUACUAGACAGUAUUCCAGGUUCAAAGGACUUGAUAAUAGAAGCAAAACUGAUGAAAAUACUGGACAGCUUUGUAGGAGUAACCGUAUUAAAGCGAUAUGGAGUGGAUAAGAUUUAUAAAUUGGAGGAUGGGCUGAAACCAUCGAACAGCCAACGUAUAUUCUUGGUAUCUAAUAAUCUAAUUGCGUGCAAGAGAGUUCUGGAUCAAGUGCAAUCAGAAAUAUCUCUCAUUAAGCCACAUGUUGAACCAUGUCAUCAUUUGUUAGUUAUGCCAUUUGUUCCAGCCGUGUUGCACAAUCUAGUUGAAGAAGAAGGUUUGUCUGGACUAGUCACGCUACGAAUGUUGUCUCUAGAAUUCAUAAGGCUGGAUGGGAAUAUUUUGUCUUUGGAAAUUCCAUUGUUUAUUGAUCUCUACUACCAUAAAGAUACCAGCCUAUUACGGGCGUUAGCACGCAACUUGUGGUCAUUGCAGCUGAUACUCGGCUCACCGAGGCUCUCGCUCUUCCUUGGUAAGCACAGCCAGCAAGUGAGUAAACUGAUGGAAUCGAUGGAACAAUGUCUGGGCUCAUCCAGUCUGGAAAACGAGAUCGGUGCACUGAUCGUGAUGGACAGAAGCUUUGAUUUGACUUCGACACUCUUGACGCCUGUGACAUAUGCGGGUUUAUUGAACGAAGUCGUCGAGGUGAACAUCGGCACGGCAGUUUUGGGAGACUCGCAGACCAAAUUAGAUCCGAAUAAAGAUCAGAUCUAUAGUGAAGUAAGGGACAUACCUUGCAGCGAUGUAUUUCCGAUCUUGCACGGAAAGGCCAAGUCACUCAAAUCCGAACAGGAGGCUAUACAAGCAAUGAAGCUGGUUGAAAUGGAGAGAUACGUGUCAACGAUACUGCAAAAGACCAGAGAUACAAAGCAGAAAUUAGCUUUCCAUAUAUCUGCCUGUCAAACUAUCGCAGACACCCUGGGCUCCGAGUUUCAAGCCCUACAGGCAAUCGAGAAGUCGAUGCUCGAUUGCAAGGACAGGAAGGAAUGCUUGAGCUAUAUUGAGAGAAACAUAGAUGAGCAUGCGAUACGAUGUCUGCGUCUUCUAUGCCUGUUAUCCAUCACCACCGAUGGUAUCACGCAGAACGAACUACAAAAUAUCCAAAAGGUGCACCUCCACACUCAUGGUUAUCAGCAUAUUCCCUUGUUUUACAAGUUGCACACUGUUGGCUUGUUAAAAUACAGAACCGAAAAUAUCUUGCACAAGCUGCCGAACUGGAGCAGCGAAUGGAACAGCAACGCACAAAGAUUGAAAAUGUUACCUAAUUAUUCCAAACGAUCUGAUCAGAACGGCCGUACCUGUCCCAGUUACGUGUUCAACAAUUCUUAUAUACCAGCCAUAGCACAGCUAUUGAAUAUCGUAUCGAAUCAAGAGAAAGAUCCACGUAGCUUCGAAGACUUGACGAAUUUACCGGACUGCGUCAUAAAUGGCCAAAGAGGCGCCUUAUCACCGAAGAUGGUCGUGAUCUGUGUGAUAGGUGGUAUCACGUGUUCAGAAAUUGCGGCGUGCCGGCUGAUAGAGAAAUCCAUGGGAAUACGUUUGGUUCUCACGUCCGAUACCAUUCUAACGGGCAACAAACUCAUCCAGAGGAUACAAGAAAUAUGAGGAGCUUCUGUGGAGUAUCUGUAAUGAAGACUGUAAAAUAUUGUGUAAUAUCUUUAUGUGUAAGUUUUUACAAACGAUUAUAAUUUUGCUUAUAUCUUCUUCUUUUGUAAGACAAAUAUGAAAGCAAACGAAUUGUUACAAGAAUUGUAUAUUAUCGUCGCAAAUAUUACUUAAUAUACUAUUAUUUAAGAC